AAUAAAAUAAUAAUAACAAAAGUUACAGCAAAACACAGGCCUAAGCAGAAGAUUGUGUUUUGUGUUGUGAUUUUCCCUCCCUCUCUUCUUCCUUCUUCAAAAUCCUUCACUCUGUUGUUAUCCUACAAUUAUAAUAAUAAUAAUAAUAAUAAUGGCCGCUUCUACACCUUCUUUUAAAGACCCUCCUUUACCCUCCUCCACCCCAGUCCCACCUUCUUUAAACCCACCACCGCCACCUCCACCUCCACCUCCACCGCCACCUCCGAGUUCCUCACCGCCCUCCACCAACAACGUCACUCCCCGCCCACCACCCCCCUCCUCCGAUGCCGACGUUGUCCAUAUCCCUAGUUACUCCAGGUGGUUCUCUUGGAACAGUAUUCAUGAGUGCGAGGUUCGGUUUUUACCUGAUUUCUUUGAUUCACGUUCGCCUUCGAAGAACCCUAGGGUUUAUAAGUACUAUAGGAACUCAAUUAUCAAGUGUUUUAGGCAGAAUAAUCCUUCUGUAAAGAUUACCUUUACGGAGGUUAGGAAAACACUUGUUGGUGAUGUGGGUUCUAUUCGUAGGGUUUUUGAUUUUUUGGAAGCUUGGGGUUUGAUUAAUUAUUUUCCUAGUGCUUUGAGUAAACCAUUAAAAUGGGAAGAUAAAGAUGCUAAGAGUAGUGCUAGUGCUGAUGUUAAAGGCAAUUCUGCUGAUUCUACACCUCCGAAAAGGGAUGCUACUAAAAGAUUGUGUAGCGGUUGCCAGUCUGUUUGCAGCAUUGCUUGCUUUGUUUGCGAUAAGUUUGACUUGACACUUUGUGCUCGGUGCUAUGUUCGUGGCAACUAUCGCAUUGGUGUUAGUUCCACGGAUUUCAGGCGGGUUGAGAUCAGUGAAGAAAUAAGGUCAGAAUGGACAGAGAAAGAAACAUUGCAACUUCUGGAGGCGGUUACACAUUUUGGUGAUGACUGGAAGAAGGUUGCACUUCAUGUGCCUGGUAGAAGUGAGAGGGACUGUGUCUCUCAUUUUAUCAAGCUUCCUUUUGGGGAACAAUUUGCUGGUUAUACAGACUUGGGGGAACUGAAUGACAAGUAUGACCAAGUGAAGGACUCUAGUGAUGCCGUAUGUGGAUCAGAAAGUAUUGACUCCUCAUCUUCGAGCAAAAAGAUGCGUCUUACACCUCUUGCAGAUGCUAGCAACCCUAUAAUGGGUCAGGCUGCUUUUCUAUCAGCUCUAGCGGGUACUGAAGUUGCAGAAGCUGCUGCUCGAGCAGCUGUGACAGCUCUUAGUGAACCAAGUAAAAGCAGUCUUGGAUCUUUUUCCAGGAGUACAAGAGAACAAGGUGCCAUUGAUGCAUCUAACGGGAAUGCAGAGCAAAAUGGAUGUGAAAGGACUUCCUUAGAUGCUAAUUCACUGCUCGAGAAGGAAGAGCUAGAUGCGGAGAGAGCGAUCUCCAGGCUGGUAGAAGUGCAGCUGAAAGAGAUCCAAGACAAGAUUAUUCGAUUUGAGAAGUUGGAUUUGCUGAUGGAGAAAGAGUGGCAGCAGUUAGAGCAAGUGAAAAAUCUGCUCUUUGUUGAUCAGCUCACACUUUUAUUUCAUAAAAAAUCAGCCCCAAAAACUGAGGAACAUGUGGAGGAGAAUGUAAGAACAGAGUGAUGUUUUAUUUGUUGAAUAUUAUUUGAUCAAAUGCCAAAUUUAUGUGCUUUUUUAAA